AUGGAUGAAAUUAAACUAAGUGAUGAUGUAAUUGAACAAAUAAAAGAUUUUUACUAUAAGUAUUCAACUGAAGAACAUGAAUCGUUAAUUGAUAAACUAAUAACAGACAAAGAAUUAAAAGAACGUUAUAAAAAAUAUGGUUUAUGUGGAAAUUGUAAGCAGCCUAAUACUGGUUAUAAUAAUUGUCAGUCAUGUGAAUCACAAUAUUUUCAACAAAAUUUCAAAAAUUGGACAAGUGGAAAUCAUGACGUUGAUGAAUUUAUUAAAAAAGCACAAUUAAAAUGUAAUAGUAAGUAUAAAAUCAUAGAAUGGAUUGAAUAUGAUAAAUUUGAAGAUGUUGAAUAUUUAGCGAAGGGGGGAUUUGGAACUGUUUUUAAAGCAGUUUGGAAAGAUGGUCCUAUUUCGAGUUGGGAUUAUGACAAUAAUCAAUGGAAAAGAGAAGGUGAAACAAAAGUUGCUUUAAAAUGUUUACAUAAUUCACAAGAUAUUACAGCAGAAUUUUUAAAAGAAGUUGAAUCACAUAUUUUAGUACGUGGCAAUCGUGAAUUUUUAAUUCGAUGUUUUGGCAUCACUAAAGACCCAAAAACAGAAAAUUUUAUUAUGAUUAUGCAAUUAAAAAAAGGUAGUUUAAGACAAUAUUUGAAUAACAAUUUCAUUUCACUAGAUUGGGAAGAAAAGUUGUAUGAUUUACAUGGUAUUGCAUAUGGUCUUAGUAAGAUUCAUAAUAAAGGAUUAAUUCAUCAUGAUUUUCAUUGUGGGAAUAUAUUAAGCGGUUCUGAUACUGAUGGAUAUACUUGUAUUACUGAUUUGGGAUUAUGUCAACCAACAAAUGUCAAAUCCUCUCAAAAUACUCAAAAUAGUAAUAAGAAAAUAUAUGGAGUGUUACCUUAUGUAGCUCCAGAAGUUUUAAGAGGAAAAGAAUAUACUCAAAAAAGUGAUAUUUAUGGAUUUGGUAUUAUUGCAUAUGAAUUUUGUACAGGAUUGCCUCCUUAUUAUGAUAUACCUCAUGAUGAAUUCUUAGCAAUGAAAAUUUGUCAAGGGUUGAGGCCAAAUUCUAAUUAUAAAAUUCCUCAAUUAAUUGUUGAUAUAAUUAAUCAAUGUUGGGAUGCAGACCCUUUAAAACGACCUAAUGCAUAUGAAUUACGUGAGUCAAUAGAUAAUUUAUAUAAUGAUAUUCAUCACAAAAAAGUGGAUUCUGUAAUUCAUGGGCAAGUUAAAGAGGCAGAUGAAGUUAAUAAAAAGACAUCUUUACCAGUUCAAUUGCCAUUAUCAUCUACAAGUACACUCUCAUAUAUAACACAUCCUCAAGCAGUUUAUACAAGUAGACUUUUAGAUUUUAAAAAUCUUCCAGAACCAAAAAAUGCUGAUAAUCAUGAUUUAGAAUAUUCAGAUUCCUUAAGAAUGGAUUUUAUUAAACUUGAUAUUAAUUUUAAAGAAGAAAAUAAUUAA